AUGAACAGAAACGUGGUGGAAAAUGGCCGGGUCGCCGCGGCCACAGGGUUAACCCCAAGCAGCAUGACCAUCGACAUUGACGCUGCCGCCCUUCGUGCCAAGUACGCCGCGGAGCGUGACAAGCGCCUCGCCGCGCCAGUCGGGCGUAACUUUAAGCCCCUCGAGAAACCGGGAGAGAACAUCGACCCGCACAUGCCCGUGAUCCCGCGUGAGCCGGUUACCGACCACGUCGAGUUCUGCUACAUUGGCGCAGGGUUCAGCGGUCUUCUCACCGCCGCACGCGUCAAGGAAGCUGGCAUCAAGUCGGUCCGCGUCAUUGACAAAGCCGGAGGACCGGGAGGUGUAUGGUACUGGAACAGAUAUCCCGGUGCCAUGUGCGACACGGCAGCCAUGGUCUACCUCCCGCUUCUGGAGGAGACGGGCCACAUGCCGACACACAAGUACGUCUAUGGUCCAGAGAUCCACGAGCACUGCGAGCGUAUCGCCCACAAGUACGGGUUGUACGAUGACGCGCUGUUCCACACCGACGUCACUGGUCUCGUAUGGGAGGACGACGGCAAGCGGUGGCGUAUCACUACGGACCGCGGAGACAGCUUUACAGCGUCAUAUGUCGGGAUCGGAAGUGGGCCCCUCAACGUCGCGCAGCUGCCCGACAUUCCUGGCAUUGAAAAGUUCAAGGGCAAGCAGUUCCACACGUCGCGCUGGGAAUACGAGUACACUGGCGGUGACCGGUUUGGCGCGCCGUUGACCAAGCUCGGUGACAAGAAGGUUGGCAUUGUGGGCACUGGCGCCACGGCUGUGCAGUGCAUUCCGGCACUCAGCCGCGACUCUGGCGAACUCUUGGUUUUCCAGCGCACGCCCAGCGCCGUCGACGUGCGCAAUAACCACCCGUUCGACCCGGAGUGGUUCAAGGAGAUUUCCAAGGAACCGGGAUGGCACUCGCGCUGGCUUGAGUCCUUUAGCGAUUGUUGGGGACAGGCCGUGCCCGACCCUCGCAUCAUGUGGGAGGAUUACCCCGACCUCGUUGAUGACGGGUGGACCAAUCUUGCUAUUCGCUGGCGUAACCGGUACCGUGCUAUCCCAGCCGAGCAGUUCGGCUUGCCGGCCAUCCUCCAAGCAAUGGAGGAGCAGGACAACGAGACGAUGGAGCGUAUCCGCGCGCGCGUCGAUGAGAUCGUCACGGACAAGGACAAGGCAGCGGGCCUCAAGCCUUGGUUCCGCCAGAUGUGCAAGCGGCCGUGCUUCCACGACGAGUAUCUCCCGGCAUUCAACAAGGAGUCAACGCAGCUGAUCGAGACGGAUGGACAGGGCGUGACCGAGGUCACUGAGACGGGGGUCAUCGCCAACGGCAAGCACUACGAGCUCGACUGCAUUGUCUGGGCCUCGGGAUUCCAGUUUAUUGCUGGUGAAGUGCUCACUCGAUUCGGCUACGACAUUGUAGGACCCGAGGGCAAGAUCUCUGACAUGUGGGCGGCCAAGGGCGACGGUGGUGGUAUGCGUACCCUGCACGGCCUCCAGACGGCGGGUUUCCCCAACCUCUUCUUCCAACAGCUCCCGCAAACUGGCUUCCUCAUCUCCAACCUCCCGAACAACUUUGUUCCCCAGGCAGCCAACGUUGCAGCCCUCAUCUCUCACGCCAAGGAGAACGGGUACACCACCAUCAAUGUCAAGCCUGAGGCCCAGGCGGCGUGGUGCGACGCCAUCCUGCAGCACGGACGCCCAAUCGGUAACGCCGAGUGCACACCCGGAUACUACAACAACGAGGGCAAGGGCGAGAACAUCCACACCAAGCUCAACGCUGGGUACCCCGCUGGUGCGAGCGCGUUCGCCAAGCUCAUGGACGAGUGGCGCGCGCCCGGGCCCCAGCAGUUUGCCGGCGUGGCGUUUGCGUAG